CGGCUAGAAGGGGACCUGGAUGGCCGUGGCUGAAGGCGGCUGGUGCGCGGUGAAGCGGUGCGCUGCGGACGCCGGCGGUUCCUCCUGUCCCUUCGCCACCAGGGAGCCGCGCCCGUCUCCUCCUUCGCCGUCCUCCUCCUCCGGCUCCCAGGGCGAACGCGGAUCCUCCAAGACUCCUCGGCCGGAGACCGACGGCAGCCACCGGCCGCCCCCCGCCGCCGAGGGCAGGUCGCUGCUCGCCCCCUACGUGCACUUCGGGACCCCGCACCCCUCCGGCCGCGCCGGCUGGGAGGACAUCCUGCUCUUCGCGGACUUAGACCAAACCAACAAGCUGAUCUGGUCCAGCCGCGGCCCCAAGCUGAGCGCCCUCGGCGCCGAGCAGCCCGAGGAGAUGUACCAGACCCUCGCCAUCUCGGCCGCCCAGGGCCCCACGCCCUACGACGGAUCUCCGGGCGGCUUCAUGCACUCCACGCCCAGCUCGCCCGUCUACGUGCCCACGACCCGCGUGGGCUCCAUGCUGCCCACGCUGCCCUACCUGCAGGGCAGCGGCGCGGCCCAGCCCAGCCACCCGGGCGGCGGCCACGCCGUCUGGUCCCAGCCGGCCGCGGAAAGCCCCUCGUACAGCAGCGGCGGCGGCUCCCACCCCUCGGGCCGCUUCCCCUACUCGCCGAGCCCGCCGGUGGCCAACGGGGCCUCCCGGGAGCCCGGCGCCUACAGCAACAGCCUGGGCGCCAGGGAGCAGUACAGCCCCCUGGCCCGGCCGCUCAAUGGCUCCUACCCGGGCCCCUACACGUCCUACGUGGGGCCGCAGCUCGCCCCUGCCUGGCCCACGGCGCCCUUCGAGAACUCCAUGCUGCACUGCCUGCAGGGCCGGGCCGCCCCCAUCCCCGUCCGGGCACCCAGCGCAGAGCUGCUGGAGGACCUGUCCGAGAGCCGGGAGUGCGUCAACUGCGGCUCCAUCCAAACCCCGCUGUGGAGGAGGGACGGCACCGGCAACUACCUGUGCAACGCCUGCGGGCUCUACACCAAAAUGAACGGCCUCAGCCGGCCCCUCAUCAAGCCCCAAAAGAGAGUGCCCUCGUCGCGGCGGAUGGGCUUGUCCUGUGCCAACUGCCACACCACGACCACCACCCUGUGGCGCAGGAACGCCGAGGGCGAGCCCGUCUGCAACGCCUGCGGCCUCUACAUGAAGCUCCACGGGGUUCCUCGGCCUCUUGCUAUGAAAAAAGAAGGAAUUCAGACGAGGAAGCGAAAACCUAAGAAUAUAAAUAAAUCAAAAGCAUGCUCCGGUAACAGUACUACUGCAGUUCCUAUGACUCCGACAUCCACGUCUUCUACCAACUCAGAUGACUGUAGCAAAACUGCUUCUCCCGGUGCACAGACUGCAGCCUCCGGGGCGAGCUCGUCGGUGAUGUCUGGCCCAGGAGAGAGCACCAGUCCCGAAAGCAGCAACCUUAAAUAUUCAGGUCAAGACGGGCUGUACACAGGAGUCAGCCUGAGCUCCACGGCCGAAGUGACAGCAUCCGUGAGACAGGAUCCCUGGUGUGCCCUGGCUCUGGCGUGACCUGCUGGGAGGGAAGCUGGAUCCUGGCAGCCCCCAGACGUCUGCGCGCGGUUUCCUCUGCGGAGCGGUCGCGGCAGCGGCAGUGAGAGUGCUGGCAAAGACCAUUCCUCUGAAACAGUUUUUGAGCCUUGGUGGCAGAG